UCGCGUGGGCGAGCCGUCUCGACGGCUUGGCGCGCGGCGCCGCGGGCCUAGGCCGCGUUGUAGUGGAAACUUCGGCCGAGAAGAACAAUCUUUCGCCCCCAACUCACUCCAGCAUCGGAGGCAAACAGAGGAAUAUUCCCACACGGAUCAGCCCAUAUAUGGAAGAAAGUAGGGAUGGCGUUCCCGGUUUAACGCAGGCUGCAAAGAAAAGAAGUACAGUACUGGAUGGAACUUUGACCGAAGAUGUCUGCCUGUCACUCAUUUACCGAGCACGCAUGGAAACCAGUACAUCUACAAAGGAGGCAUAUGGUGAAGAGUCGCUCGAUCCUGCCAGUACAGUGUCAAGCAUAUCAUCGAAAGGGUCUGCACGUACUCUGGAGCCUAAGGACAUCGUGUGUCAUCAGGACACGGUGAUGGCUCAGGCUGUCGGCCAUGCUGCCACUUACAGCAACUUGGGCCCUUCAAGGGCCAACGUAAUCCCAGUCAAGCAGGGGCGCCAGCAUAAAGGGGCCAUAACUGACGCCAUUGCGUUUGUUGCUGUGGCGAAGGAGAAGUCGGAAGUGCAUGACACCCCUCCGCCCCUGCCUAAGAAGCAGCGUGCCAAAGCUGUCUUGACUGCAGAGCCAGCAGGAGCAUCGAUUUAUGCGGAUAAUGCAGAUCUCAAAUCUAUUUUUAACCCCCUCUAUAUUGUUGAGGAAGAGCGAAAAUCUUGCAGCACACAGUCUUUUGUUUCUAAUGGCGCAGAUGAAAAUGCAUCAAAGGGAAAAUGUAUGACAAUCUUAGAGGGUCCAGUUUCUGAAACCACUCGCAUAAAAGAUCAUGUUGGCUGUACAGAUCAGAAGAAAGGUAUAGUUUACACAGUAUCAGAAAAAGAUACACUACUCAAGGUUGAUGAUGACCCGUCAUGCAUAUAUACCAAAGUUCGUGACAAAUCUAAAUCCAUGAAAGGGAAUGUAUACUCCAAGCAACAAAAGAAAUCCCUUCUUGGCAGUGCUAGUGCUGUUCAGCUUGCGAUUGCUGAAGAUAUAUUGGAAAAGACAGCCCAGAGCUUGGAGAGUGGAAGCAAACCUGCAAACUUCCUAUUGACCACUAAAGGACAGGAGCAGAAAGAUACAGGAGUGGGUACUACAGUGCCAGCUAUGUUGUAUGAAGGAUUGGAAAGCUCUGAAGAGGUGUUUGCCCGGAUCGGUAGCCUGCAUGCAGAGACUCUGCAUGUGUUGUGUGCAAAGUGUGAAGACAACUUCAUGCGUGGCCAGAAGGAACAUCUUCGCUUUGGCGUAGAGAGCUGGUCCAAUUUCAAGCUAACCAGUGACAAGCCCUGCUGUGAUGCCGGCGAUGCUGUUUAUUAUACAGCUUCCUAUGCCAAAGAUCAUGGGCAUUUGUACGCAGUAAAGAUUUGUAAGAUCGAGGGGAAAGACUCUCAACAGCAAUACUAUCACAGCCUGGCUGUGCGGCAGAGCCUCCCUGUGCACUUCAAUGUGCAGCAGGACUGCGGGCACUUUGUGGCUGAUGUCCCGGAAAGGCUGCUGCCAUGUGACUGUGCUGCUGCCAGUCUUCGAGAUGGGAACCCAGUGUGUACUCAGACAGUGGAUCAGGCGAACUCGCAGCCACCGGACCUAUCCUCGGUAGACUCGUCUGGUCAGAGCAGGGUGGUGGUGAUCACACGAGAGGUACCUUGCAGCAAUGUGGCUGAUCUGAUUCGAGGCUCGGUGAACCUGCACCGCUCCCAGCCAGAGCUCUACGAAAGGCAGGUAUGUCUUCUACUGCUUCAGCUGUGCUAUGCACUUGAGCACUUAAAACGGCAUCAUGUGAGCCAUAGUGACCUCCGAAUGGAAAAUCUAUUGCUGGUGGGCGGACACAGUACUGGGCCACCAGGACACAAGGGCAUCGAGUCUCUUGGUGCGGAGCUGCCACGACUCAUCGUCAGCAAUUUCUCCCAGGCUAAGCAGCAGUUGCGCGUGGGGGCACUGGCACCAGAAAUGCUGCGAGCGGAGUCGCGCCUCGCGCCCGAGCUCACUACCGCAAGCCAGUACCGAAAAUGUGAUGAGUUCCAGACUGGCAUCCUGGUCUACGAAAUGCUGCACCUUCAAAAUCCAUUUGCUGAACGGCCUGAGCUGCGUGAGAGAGACUACAACCCGAAGGACCUGCCUGCGAUGCCCACACUGUCAGUGUAUUCCUAUGGUCUGGAGCAGCUAGCUCACUUGCUACUCCUUCCCAACCCCAUGGAGCGCAUCCACAUCUCACAAGGCCGCGGCUUGUUGCAGUGCCUGCUGUGGGGGCCACGGUACCAACUCCUCAACAGAAUAAUGUUGAGCACAAGCGACCCAUGCACAUUGGAAGAACCCAGUGAGCAGCGUAGCCUUGCAGAAGGCAGUGGCACGGGUAGGCCAGCCCGACAAGUGCAUUUGGUGGGCAGCAAAGCGGCGCACGAGCAGUCCACAGGGCUCGUGAACAGAGAGGUUGUUCUGCAAAACUGGCUGGAGUUGAAACGCACCCUCCUCACCAUCUGUUUUGCUGAGAAAUAUCUAGAACAUGAGCAUGUCAUCCGGCUUGAAGACUGGUUGUGCUGCCAGUACUUUGCAUGUGCCACCCCAGACUCGGUCUAUCAAGCCCUCAGGCUAAUGCAAAGCAGAAUGAGCGUUCAUGAACAUUGACAUUUAACUUUUAAUGGACUGUAUUGGUUUCUUUAACUUAGCCCAUGAUCUGUGUUAAAAGGAUGGGAAUACAGUUUUGUUUUGUUUCUAAUUGAUGAAUGCACUCCAUUCGCCUCAAUUUUCUGAUCAACCUAAAAAACAGAACUGCUCUUAUCCACAACAGCUGUAGAAUCCGCAAAGAACUCCUAUCAGCCAUGGCCCUCCUCUUCCUGUUGUCAGAAACUUUUCUCAAAAGUAUUUGCAAAACGGUAUCUUAUUAUCCUCGAUUAUUUUUUCAUGGAUAAGAGGAAUUGCAUGGCAAAUAUACCAUGUUGUCCAUGGGUUAUCCGUGAUUUUUCAUUUCAUAAAAUGUGCUAUGAUCAAAGCAAGUUUAUCGGUAGCACUUGCGAUGAUGACGCAUUGCACGACACAACCUAGACACACACAGGCAAAUAAACUAAGACACGGAGACAUGCAGACAGAGGCAUACAGACACAGACCCUCGCAGACAUAACAGCAUUUAUUUGCUGCUCUGCCUUAACGAAAGGUCCUUGGCUGCCAUAUUUUCAAUCCUCUGUUCUCUGCUCUCUUCAUUUCUACAAACAACCCUCCCUUCAGCUCUUCCAUCUAAAAUCCUUAGCCUUCUCUUCUUUUUAAUUCCAUUCUUCCUUCUAUAAUGUCCUUCGUCAAACCAUUCCUUCGUAGAAUGUCCAAUUCAGUUAAUUCUCCUUCUGAUGACUUCCAUUAUAAUAAAUGUUGUUGAUGCCAUUCAAUAUUUCUUCAUUGUAUUCUAUAUACAGCUGACUUUCAGGAUCCUUCUCCACAUCCACACCUCAAAAGCUACCAACCAUCUCAACCUUUCUCAGUGUCCUCAUUUCCAUGCCAUGCAAAGCUAUGCUCCACACCAUCGUAUUAACUAUUCUGUUAAGUAAAAAAUCUUUCCUCUUGCCGAAUGGUUCUGCCACCAAGCCUUGAUCAUAUUUCCACUGCACACUGUUCAUCUUCUGUGAUUAAUGCACUGAAGUUCCUGAAUAUGUUCACAUGUUCUCGCAGUUGUCCUUCAAUUAUAAUAUACAUUGUUCCUACACCUUUCCAUUAUAUUCUCAUUACUUGUUUUGUUUAUGUUAAUAUUCAUACUGUUUUCCUUUGCAUGUUGUUUAACCCAUUCAUCAACCUUUACAGUCUUUGCCACCAUCCCUUGAUCAUUCGUAAACCGUACAUCCUUUCAGGUUUGACCUUGAUUUUUUUGUAUUCUGUUGCCUCAAUUAUAAUUUUUGCAUUAACAGCAAGGCCGGUGAUAAUGAGUACUCCUGCUCGAUUACUGUACUAAUAAUUCCUGGUAUCAUAUGUCUGCUACCAUGAUAACUGAUUCCUGUUCCUUACACGAUCGACAUAUUAAUCUCCAGUCUGUCUAGUCCGCCCCUAUCUUCUUAAGUAUCUCCAUCAACUUUACCCUUUAUCCAUAAUAGAGGAUUUUGGGUGUUAGAGCGCAUAAAUAUAUAAAUGUGUCGUUAAAACCUGCCACCACCCGUCACAGCCAAACUAGUAAGGGUUGUCACGUAAACAGAAAGUGCCAAUUCAUCACUAGUACAGCACACCGGUGUGUUGGAGUGCCAAGCCACAACAUUUACAAACUAAGUACGACGUUUCGCCAGUAAUUACAACUAGCUUAAAACCACUUAUGGAUGAUAUUGGUCGCGAAAGCCUACGUUUUUACCCUUUUUUUUAUCCUGUCAAGACCUCGAAAUCCACAAAGCACACAUACAACUGAUAUCCGAGUUCUAUGCCCCUUUCAUACAGCAUUCUCAUUACCACUACCACUUCGCAUGUCCCGCAUAUUUUCCUGAAACCGAAUUGGUUUCUUACAAUAACAUUUUUUACCUUUGUAUUUAUUCUUCUGGUGAGCAGUCUUCGCAUGAUCUCGGAUGCAUGUGAAACAAGGAUAAUUGUUCUAUGGUCUCCGCACUCCAUUGCAUUUUGUCUUUUUUUCGAAAGUACCACGGCUAUUUUUGUAAACGCUUCUAGACUUUUACCUUGCUAGUACAUUGCUUUUAAAGAGGAAAUGUAGUUCCUUGGUCAUGUUAUUUCCAAGGCAUUUCAGAAACUUCUGGCAACCCAUCUAUACCUUCAACUUUCCUCUUCUUGGGCUUAAUGGCUGUUUUUAGUCUCCUUAUGUUGGGACCAUUUUUAUCCAUGUCUACUUCUGCUUUCUCUAAACUAAUGUCCUCCAGCUUUGGCUUUCCUUCCUCAUAAAGUUUAUAUAUGUCCAUCUACUUCAAAUGUCUUCUGGCUCUUGUCAAUAUUCCCUCAUUCUUCUUUAUUUUACUGCUCCCGUCUUAGAUAUUUCUGACACCUCUAAUUUUUGCGUACAUCAGUUCUGUUCAUUCUCUCCUGUCAAGCUGUUCAAGUUAUUUAAGAGACACGCACAAACACACAGACAUUGAAAGACACAGAGAGACAGACAUGGAGGCGCACACGUGGACAAAGACAGACACCCACAGAGACAUGGAUAAAUAAACAUACAGACAUUGAUACAAAAAGAGAGACCUGGAGAUGCAUAAGAAACAGACAUGGAGACAUUCACAGAAACAAGAGACACGCAAAACAAAGAGAGAUGCACAAAGACCGACCUCUCCCAGUUACUGGUGUUAUCUGUGCUAUUUCGUGGAUAAGAGUCAUCGGUGUAGCAAAUUCAUCCUAGUAUCUGAAUUUAACCCAAGGAUAACAGAGUAAAUUUACGGAUAAUAGGAUCCAUGAUUCGGGUCCCCUACAUUACUACGGAUAAGAGGCGUUAUCUCAUAUUUAAUUGCAGUUAUUUCACAUCCAGAGAGUUAUAAUUUAAAAUGAUUACAUUUUAGUUAUUUAGUUAUUUUUAUUUCCUUAUUAUCGAGUGGGUUGUGGGAAAGGGCCUCUUAGUCUAUCUGGUCUAGCACUGAUAGUGGUAUGCAUUAGCAACUAUAACUUGAAUUAGCCUCUAGCUGCACUCUCUUCCCUCAGCCCCUCACUGUGAACCAGUUAAAGUAUUAGUCAUAAAUAUUUCUCAAGUCCUAAGUAAAAAUGUUUGCAGUACUAUAUAAGAAGGAUUUUUGGAAUAAAAUGUAUUGGACAAUCUUUACUAUAGAAACUAACAUGUGGGGACAUUGUUGGUUUAUAUUUAUACUAUGAAGUAGGUUGUGAUAGGGUUGUAACAAGAAAUGUUGAUAACAGUAUUUUGCAUUUUAGUGCAUUUUUAAACAAUAGUCAACAUUAUUUUAUAAUGUUGAUAUAUUUUCAACAUGAACCAAAUCAAUGAAAAUCAAUUUGGCAGUUUUAAAUGUUUUUAUUGUGCCACACGUUUUACUUUGGCUGUGGAAAAUAAAAAAAGAAACAAUGAUUAAAUCUCAAGGUUGGUUUCCUGGAGUGCUAAAAUCAGUAGAAAUGCAAUUAGAACGUUUGAGUUGCAAUAUGAUUUAAAGCACAUGUGUGCUUUACCAAACAAAAAUGUGCCUUGGGCUAAUGCAUUUGAUUGCACAUUUGAGAGGUAGGAUUUUUGUGUAGGAUGUGUGACACCUGCAGUUCUACCAGAUGGUUAAUGUUGCCUUUAUGCAUUGGUUUUACACCAAUAUGUACUUUUGCUUUUAUACAUAAACAGAGCUUGUGCCUUUGAGAACAUAUACUGUGUUAACCAAAAAUAUAACCUUAAUUGAAGCAAUAACUGAAUAUUUUUUAAAUAUAUAUCAAUUAGGAUAUGCUGCUGUUUCAUUGUUUAAUAGCAAUAUUUUAGUUAAGUAGUGUAAUUUUAGAUACUACAGUCCUCUGGUAGUUAUCCUUUUUGGUGCUAUAAAUAAGCCACAUACGAAGUGUCUUAUGUACAUUGUUUUACUGCAUUGUUACUUGAUAUUUCCAAAAGCUUUUUGUAUUAAACUUGCACCUUAUA